AUGGCGAUCCUCUAUGCUUUGGUUGCCAGAGGCACCGUGGUUCUGGCGGAGUUCAGUGCCGUCACCGGCAAUACAGGCGCCGUCGCUCGUCGCUUACUUGAGAAGCUUCCAACCGAAUCGGAUUCCAGACUUUGCUUCUCUCAAGAUAGAUAUAUCUUCCACAUACUCCGAUCCGAUGGCCUCGCCUUCCUUUGUAUGGCCAGCGAUACUUUUGGAAGGAGAAUCCCUUUCUCAUACUUGGAAGAUAUCCAAAUGAGGUUUAUGAAGAACUACAGCAGAGUUGCCAAUUAUGCACCAGCUUAUGCAAUGAAUGAUGAGUUUUCAAGGGUUUUGCAUCAGCAAAUGGAGUUUUUUUCUAGUAAUCCCAGUGUUGAUACACUCAAUCGUGUGAGGGGUGAAGUUGGCGAGAUACACACUAUCAUGGUGGAUAAUAUUGAGAAAAUAUUGGAGAGAGGCGACCGGAUUGAACUUCUAGUUGACAAGACAGCAACAAUGCAAGACAGUUCAUUUCAUUUCAGGAAGCAAUCCAAGCGCCUUAGAAGAGCUCUUUGGAUGAAAAAUUUCAAACUCUUGGCGUUAAUGACGUGCUUGAUUGUUUUACUCCUUUACUUUAUAAUUGCUGCUUGCUGCGGUGGCAUCACUCUAUCAUCCUGCAGAUCCUAA